AUGGCUAACCACAAUGGCGCAGACCAGAAUUCGCAGCGUGAUGAGAGGGCCCUAGCGGCUACUCAUGAAAUAUGUUGUUCCGUGUGCGGUGGACAGCAGUGGUAUGAGUACGUGAACCGUUUAACGGAAGCCGUUGCAAUUGCGCAAGCUCAAGCGCAAGCUGAGGCGGCCUACAGUAGGCAAUUGCACAGCGAGCGCCAGAUGCUACUAAUCGCAUUUGGAGAGGCGAUUCAUCACAUGUGUAGGGUCAGACAACGUUUGGAGGUAAAUUAG